AUACACUUUUUUGUUUUUGCAGAAACCUGAAAAGGUACUGGAGAUUUUGCCUUGCCUUUCCCAAAUGAGUGUGAAUAAAAGCAGGUGUUGAAACACAAGGUCCAAUAUUGGUGAUAUGAAGUGAGGUUCAUUAUAAUGUGCUGAGAGCCUGCUGAUAAAGCUAAUUUUUUUGUAUAGUGAUCAUGCCUGGAGUAACAGCUGCAGCACCAAACAAUGCUGCUGAAAAAUCUCCCAAGAUGAAGAUGCAGUCUGGGGGGAAGAAGGUCUUGGCUCGCAUCAAACUCUUGGAUGGCACCAUCUUUGAAACUCCUAUUGAUAAACGAGCAAAUGGAGUGGAAUUGUUGAACAUUGUAUGUUCCCAUCUGAACUUAAUGGAGAAAGACUACUUCAGUUUGACAUACACUGACCAUAACAAGAUCUUGACAUGGCUUGACCUCACGAAAAGGAUCUCAAAGCAAAUUGGAGAUGCACAGCUUGAAUUCAAGUUUGAAGUGAAAUUCUACCCUCCAGACCCUGCACAGCUUCAGGAAGAUAUUACCCGCUAUCAACUUUGCCUGCAAAUACGGGAUGACAUCUUGAGUGGCAAACUCCCUUGCUCCUUUGUGACCCAUGCACUGCUUGGGUCAUACUUGGCACAGUCAGAGUUGGGAGACUAUGAUCCUGAGGAACAUGGUACUAAUUACCUGGAGGAACUCCGAUUUGCCCCCAAUCAGAGUCCUGAGUUAGAAGAGAAAGUUAUGGAGCUCCAUCGUACUCACAGAGGCCAAACACCUGCUGAAGCUGAGUUGCACUACUUAGAGAAUGCCAAGAAACUGGCAAUGUAUGGAGUUGACCUUCAUCCUGCCAAGGAUUCAGAAGGUGUAGCUAUCAUGCUUGGAGUUUGUGCAUCUGGGCUGCUUGUGUAUAGGGACAGGUUGAGAAUUAAUCGCUUUGCAUGGCCCAAGAUCCUCAAGAUUUCUUAUAAGAGGAGCCAUUUUUAUAUCAAGAUUAGACCAGGAGAAUUUGAGCAGUUUGAGUCUACGAUUGGAUUCAAACUGGAAAAUCAUAGAGCUGCAAAGAGGCUAUGGAAAACCUGUGUGGAGCAUCACACAUUUUUCAGAUUGGCAUCUCCUGAAACUCCCAGCAAGAGAAGUGGACUCUUCCCUCGACUGGGGUCUCGAUUCAGGUAUUCAGGGAGAACUCAGUAUCAGACAAGGCAAUCUCUCAUUGAUCGACCUCCUCCCAACUUCGAUCGCACCCUUGGCAAGAGAUUUUCAUCAAGAAGUAUGGAUGCUCUUGGGAAAGAUGGAAGUAGUAUGGAAGAGGCCACUAAAAGGAUGUCUCAUCCAACUCAUGCCAUUCCUUCACCUGAAGAGAAAAAGGAUGGAGGAAGACCAGGCCGAAGAAAGAGCAGCUCAUCACAUGAAUGGACCUCAUCUCUGAAUGAAACUACACUAUCUGAUGAAUCUGACAAAGAACUCAAAAAAGAGCAGAGGAAACUGGAGAGAUUGAAAGAGCGAGAGAAGAAGCGACAAGAGCAAGAGGAGAAACAGCGAGAAAAAGAGGAAAAAAAGAAAGAAAAAGAGGAAAAGAAAAAGGAGAAGGAAGAAGAAAAGAAGCGAAAGGAGGAAGAGAAGAGAAAGGAAAAAGAGGAGAAGAAAAAGAAAGGAAAGGAAAAGGAGACAGAGAAAGAAAAAGACAAGGAUAAAGAGACAGAUGAAGAGAAGGUAAAUGAGAAAUUGGUGAUAGAUGAGAAACUUCAAAACAAGGAACUCAGCAAGAGUUUAGAAUCAGGAUCUUCCAAGGAAUCUCCCAGAAUGGAAGGUGGGAGAAUGGUGAAUGGCUCUGCAGAGCUUCAUUCUCCUGUUUCACAUAAACCAGUCGGUGGUGUUGCUGUGUUGCCACCAGUUGAGCUGCAAAAACUUAAAGAUCGAAAAUCUGCCUUGGACAGAGAAGUUACUGCAUCAGCAGCGCAUGCUGGAUCCUCUUCCUCUCCCAAGCCUGUAGCUGAGGUCCAAGAGUUCUUUUCCUCUACACAUGGCCCUGAGAGAGCCAGUACCCCAGCUCGAGAUAUGUUACGUACUCAGUUAGGUCUUGGCGAUUCCCCAUCUCACACCAAAGAGUACACAUAUGAGGUCAAGGAGAGAGAUCAUAAGCGAUCUCUUCAUGAGCCAGAAAAACUUGGUGGUUUUUCUUAUGAGCAAAAAGCGCAUGAUAAAGAUUCCAGUCUCUCAUCUUCUGAUAUGGAAAGAAUCAUACAAGGGACAGGAAUUGCAUACAAUUAUGUACCUGGAGAAGAGGGCAAGAUACGUGAGAAGACAGCUCUCCCUAAGCAUUCCCCAACUGGAGUGCCUGAUUUCAAGUCUGGCCCUGAGCAAAAGCUGACAGGAUCAAGUGCAGACACCCAAUUUGGAGCUGCCAAACAUAGUGGUGUUCAUGGAAGUGCCAUCUCUGCAUUCAAUGAUAAGGAUGACAAAGGAAAAGCCAGCUUUCACAACCAAGACCUCCAGUCUCAGCUUCUCUCUGGGAAGCAAGAUGAGAAGUCCUCUGGGCUGACAAAAGAUAGAGAUACAAUGAAAUCAUCCCCUCUCUCACCAACUGGCUUAGAAAGCAAAUAUGGGAAACCAAGCAGCUGGAGUUCACCAGCUGCUACAGCUCAUGUGUCUAAUGUGCCUGCAACAUCAAAUAGAAGCAACAUUCCAAUUGUGGCUACUCAUGCCUAUGGUACUGGGAGUGUAGCUGGAGUGGGAGAGGUGCCAGGACGGGCAACUAUGUUUGGAACUACCACACCCCAUGCAACUGCAUCACCUAGUUCACCUGAUCAUGAAUCUAAACACGGGGUGCAUCAUUACAAAAUGCCUUCUGAGAGAAAUGACAACCUCCCUGGAAUAGGGGGUAGUCGAAAGGCAGUAACAACUGCUCUUUCCUCAGAAGAACCAGGACUUGUGAGGCCUGGCAAGGGAGACCCAAUUCAUGGCAGUUGGUUAUUGGGAAAAGCUGGAACUGGAGAUGGAUUUUUGGGAGAAAAGGUGAUGGGAGAAGAAAUACAUGCUAGUGGACAGGCUGGGGAUGCAAUUGGGAAACAAAGUAGUACUGAAUUCUUUUCGAGUGCAAUCCCAACCUUGCAUACUUCUAAGGAAGGAGAGAUCCUGAAAGAGUCAAAGUCUGGAAUUGUAGAAUCUCCACAGACUCCAGGGAAGAAUCAGGAGAGAUCAGAUGGGGAAGAUGAGAAAUCGUCUGGGAUGGGUAAAGGUUCAAAGCUACCACGACCUUUGCAAUCCACUGGUGGCUCCAAUGUGUCUCCAGCUGGGAAGGCAAAUGGAAAGAAAACUAGCAUUAGCAAGAUUCCAGUUCCAAAAUCUUCUUCUCCCAAAGGGAAGUAUGGUGAUGAGGAUGAAAGUUCAUCUGCAUCCUCAACAUCAUCAAGCUCUAGUUCCUCUUCUGGUGAAAGUGAUGUAGAAGGGUAUGGAGAAGAGAGAGUUGCCCCAAUGGAAGACAUUAAUCAGUGGAAGAAGGUUUCAGAAGAGCGCCACACAGAGUCCUCACCACCUAAAAUAAUCAAAACCACCACGAAGAAAACAGUGGUGCAAAAUGCUGGUGGAAUCACAGAAAAUAUUGAAGAACAGAUUGAGGAUCUAUCUCCGGGGGGAACUGAUGUCAAGGUGAUCUCUCAGACCAGCACAUCGAAGGCUGAGGAACCAGGUGCCCGCAUGACAGCCACAGCUGCUGCUGUCACAACAAUGACUUCCACCACAAGGAAAGAUGACCAGGGACUUAAGGCUACUACUCAACAGAUGGAAGGAAAAGUGGUUGCCUCCUCAACAACCAAGAGUGCAACUCAGCAAGAGCAGCGGUUUGUCACUCAAGAGAUGAGGAAGACUGCUCAGGUGCUUACAACAGAUGUUCCCCCUGCAAUCAGCACUGACACUCAGGCUCGUUCCUAUAGGAGACUAAGCACUAGUAGUAGUGAUUCCGGAACCAACCUUGAUGAUGAGUCCUCCAGCUACUCAUCCUUCUCCAUUCCCAGUGGCAUCUUCUCAGCUCAGCCUGCCAUAGUUAAAACAGAAUCAAAGAAGUAUGACACCAGCAGUGUGAAUCCAACUGCUUUGGCCACAAGCCACAUCCCUGUUGUGCAGACUGAAACAAGAAAGGUUGCCCUCUCCUCGGAUGAUGGAACUGCUUUCAUGGAAGGAGAGAUUGUUUCCUCACAAACCAUCACCUCCAAGACCCGAACUGUCGAGACCAUAACAUAUAAGACAGAAAAGGAUGGAGUGGUGGAGACAAGAGUAGAGCAGAAGAUCACAAUUCAGUCAGACAGUGACCCAAUUGAUCACGACAAAGCCCUGGCUGAGGCCAUACAAGAAGCAACUGCCAUGAAUCCUGACAUGACUGUGGAGAAAAUUGAGAUUCAGCAACAGUCCACCCACUGAUGCCCAGAUCUUGUGACAGUGCUGAUAAUAUGGAACGGCUGUUUUACAGCUCUAGUGAUGCUGCUCUAAAGAUUGCCUUUUUAUUUUUGUUCUUUAUUUCCUUUCUCCCUUUCUCUUUCCUCUCUCCUGCCCAUGUCCUUAAUAUGAACUAUUUUCAUCAUAGUCAUCUAGUUAAUAAUACAAGGGGCAUCUGCCAGUUGUAAAUAGCAACUGUGGAAGUGAGACACCCUCAGACAUCAUCCUUUGUGCGCUUAUACCAGAAACUCACUGGAUCAGUCAUAAACUGGACAGAAAUACUAUAGGGCACUAUUUUUUUUGUGAGCUUUUCAUUUGUCAUGCGCUACAUUUGUGUGUGUAUAUCUGUUUCAUUCCAUCAUGGUAAGUGCACUCAUUUGAGUUUGUGCCUAUUUCUUUUUUUUAUGUAAGUUUUUAUUGUUUUUUACUGCUUUCAGAGUAAGUUGUUACCAGUUAUGAUAAUGACUGUAGCUUCAUGUAGUUCUCUUUUUUUUUCUAUUUUGUAUUCUGAAUGUUCUGUAAGAUCUUAGUUAUUCAAGGGGGAUUUCUAUGCACCAUUAUGAUUUUCUUGUGCGAUUGUUGAGAGCCCAUGCUUGCGAGUAUAAUCUAGCUUUAUAUCUAUGUGAUUAAUAAAGAAGAUUGCUUAGA